ACAUAAUUAAAAAAACUAAAGAUGAGAUAAAUACAACAAAAACAUGGUUGUGUGCAGGUCAACACAACAUACACACUUUUCAAGACCAACGACAACAUAAGAGUGGUGGCCGUCGUCCAAUUUAUUGCAACUUGAUUUUCUGAUUGUUCCUAUGGGAGCUAUAUGAUAUAGUUGUACUUUUAAAAAAAUUUUAGCUCUAAAAUUGGGAGGCAGACGGCCGGGUAUGACAAGAUCACCUCCCAAUAUGGCUGAUCAAUAAUAUAUAUUUUAUAGGGUUGAAAACGCCUCCUUCGUUGCGUUGAUAACUUGUGGUUUAAAUUAUAAAGGGUGCGGUCGAGAGUACGGUGUAAACAACUAUCAGCAUUUUCACCAGUGACUUAAUGUACUACAAUAAUUAUGGCAGAACCAGCGAGCUAUUCCUCCAACAAUACGUGUCUAUAGCAUACCUGAAGGGAGAUCUAAUUGAAUAAGUCUAGAUUAAUCCGAUGAAACGAUUAAAGCUUCGCAAUAAACGUGUCUUGAAGUUAAAAAAAUUCUUGUACGGACUCAAACAAUCUUGUUGAAUGUGGCAUCUGAAGCUAGACGAGUUUUUGCAACAAAAAGACUCCACAGCGUGAGCAAGCGAGCCCUGCUUUUAUAAAGGCGCAAUAAUAGAUUAUGUUGAUGAACUUAUGAUCGGCAAUUCAAACCUUGCGACUGCUGCUACCGAUGGCAACUCCAUGGGAGCCUCGGGAGGCAAUGACAGUAAGGACUCACAUGCAAACGCCGAGAAGGAAUGGUUUCACGAGGAAAUGGACACAUCUCAUUAUCAUCAUGGCGAUGAUUAUGAGGAUGAUUUUGAUUCAGAUAACGAUUUUGACGAGUCAUACACCAGCAGGGGUAAACGCAAAAAAGGUUCAAGACCUCGACGUACAAUUGCAAACGUUGAGGGUACUCCAAAACGUGGGCGUAAAGGUGGUGGCAAUCGUCGGAGAAACGCUAUUGAAGGAGAAACAGACCGAAAACGUCGUGGUGGUGGAAAUACAUCUGCAGCUGCCGCCGCAGCUGCUGCAGCCGUUGCACACGCAGCCAGCACUGCAGCAGCAGCAGCUGCCGCCGCCACAGGGCUCUAUGCAUCUCACUCAAACUCUGCUUCACCCAUUCCCACCAAUGACGACACUUCGCAGUCAACACAAAUAGUGGCAACACCUAUAGCUACUUCUUACGAAAAGGUUUCAAACGAUGCUGGAACUUCCAAUGACUCAAUGCCUCUAGCGUCCAUGGCUGGAAUAAGCAUAGGUUUGGUUGCAACACCCAACGCCUCUAACUCCUCGCCGGUGCAUGCAACAACAAUUCCCAUGGCGUUUGCUACGGGAGUUGGUCCGAUUAAGGUCAAACCACUCGUUGAUCGGGACAUAGCUCAACCGUCUCCCUACUGUGACUUUUGUCUGGGCGAUCACCAGGAAAACAAAAAAACCAACAUGCCCGAGGAGCUUGUGUCGUGCUCGGACUGCGGUCACUCGGGUCAUCCAUCGUGUUUGCAGUUCACAGCCAACAUGAUAAUAUCAGUUAAACGCUAUCGCUGGCAAUGCAUCGAAUGCAAGUACUGCUCCAUAUGCGGGACCUCUGAUAAUGACGACCAGUUAUUAUUUUGCGACGAUUGUGACCGCGGAUACCAUAUGUAUUGCCUGUCACCACCGCUAGUUACUCCACCAGAGGGUUCUUGGAGCUGCAAGUUAUGCAUGGAGGAAUUCCACAAGAAUAAUUGAUCUUACAUUUAAGGUUAUAAAAUUAUUUAAUGCACUUAUAUUCCGAAAUAUCCACAGGUCUCUUUAUCAUAUAUUUUUACAUGGUAAAGAUUUAAUUUUAAACCACUAGCGUAUUUGCUGGUUUUAAGAACUCCCAAAUUUUGUACAUGGAAGUGAUUUUAUUUCAAACUAUCCUUUAUUACAUUUUCAAAGUAAUCUGCCAUUUGAACUAAUUUAUUUGUCCACGUAAACUUUGUAUAUCAAAUUUGUAACAAGAUAAUUUAUUUGAGAGUUAGAAUUGUAACAUCAAAAAUUAAAUUUAACGAAAGUAUACUUUGUGAUAAAUCUAAAUCCGGCAAGGAAGAACUUUAAAUCACUUUUUAACCUUAAUAAUAAGCCAGCUGAUUUUUGUUUUUGAAAUACUUCAUGAUCGGCACACAAUUUUAAAAAUUAAGUAAAGUUUUUACACGAAUUUUUUACUACGGCAAAAAAAAACAGUGCUCGCAGGUAACAGUUUAUCGUUUUUUGAGGUCUAAAAAUAACUUAAUUACGGACCGACUGCGCAAAGAGUCAGAGAUAACAAUCGGUCUGUGCUCAACCAAAUUAAAAUUAAAAGUCUUUUGCACUUGUAGGCGUUUUUGUCGUCUGCUCUUGCUUGUGAGCGAGAUUUUACCCUUGCCUUUGUGAAUUCAGUGCGUUAAGAUUAAAUGAAAGGGCAUUUUCAGCGCUUUAAUAGGGUAAGAAAUUUUAUAGAGACGACAGUGAUGCCACGUAGAUUAAAAAAGGCAAAAUUUAAUUUUCUCAGGGUUUAAUUCGAACUUGUACUUAGCUUCGCGGUGCAUUUCUGCAGCUGAACUGCUCAUUUUUAAGGGCCGGUGCGAGCAGUGCAGUUGCAACCGAGGUACCGAAUUACAAGUUUGAACCAAAAACUGAUAAGUGGUGUGAAAAAGCUAACUUAACUUCGAAAAUGGCUUUAAGCAGAGGAUCGUGCAGAGCAUAUGAUGUCUAUUAAUUUCUUACUAUAUGGCUGAACUGUUCGCUCUUAUUAGCAUAGAGUAAAAACUAUAUAGAGACACCAUUUGCUCUGCCGCUCAGUAGAGCGAACAUGGUUCUCAGCAGAGACUGGGCAGGGGCGCUUGCAGACCAAAUGGUGUCUCUACAUAUUUCCUACUCUAUGGCGCUUCAAUAUAUUUUAAGCAAACGUCGGAGUUUUUUAAGUGCAGAAACUUUGAAUUCCAUUUUAAUUGUAAAGCUUAACGCAGAAUAAAUGAUAAUUAUAAAAUAUA